CCUGGCAAAGUCACCAGUGUUUCAGACAAGGAUCCCCUUGGUGCUUUCAAUGAACUGAGGCUGGCCGGUACACUGAUGGUAUGCUGGCGCUUACUGUGUGCGUGUGUGUGCAUGCUGUGUGUGGGGUGGGCGGCUGGGUGGGUGGCUGGCUUUUGCUGAUGGUCUGUAGCCCCGCCCUCUAAUAGAAACCAUGCAGAUUUCAAUGGAUCAGCUCUACUCGGCCUCUUCUCUACAUUGAUACCCGGAUGACUAUUGACUCCGAGCCAGUGGGUACUACUUUAUUUCCAUAUAGACGCGGACGGAUCACAGCCUCAUCACUUGCAAAGAAGAAAAGGGCCAUUUAACAACUUUUUUUUACGAUAAUCAUAUUCAUCCACGCCGUCUUUUUUCCUGUGGUAUGCAUACAGUCUGGACCUUCAUCACAAUUCCUGAUGAGAAAUUCUGGAAUAAUUUCAGAUUAUGUCUACUUUGAAAACUCCUCAAGCAAUCCGUAUUCAGUUAGACGAAUAGAGGAGCUCAACAAGACGGCCAAUGGCAACGUGGAAGCCAAGGUGGUGUGCUUCUACCGAAGGAGGGACAUCCCCAGCAACCUCAUCGCUUUGGCAGACAAGCACGCCAAGGACCUGGAAGAGGAGAUGGAGGGGGAGAGCUUACAGCAGCUCAGCGACAAACAGAGGCAUCAGCUCAAGCACAGAGAGCUCUUCCUCUCCCGACAGCUGGAGUCCCUACCUGCCACUCACAUACGGGGGAAAUGCUGUGUCACCCUGCUGAAUGAAACAGAGGCUUUGUUCUCGUACCUGGAGAAAGAGGAUUGCUUCUUCUACUGUUUGGUGUACGACCCCCAGCAGAAGACCCUGCUGGCUGACAAAGGGGAGAUCCGCGUUGGCCCCCGAUUUCAAGCCGACAUCACUGACCUGCUGAAGGAGGGAGAGGAUGAUGGGAGAAACCAGGCAGAACUGGAGACCCAGGUGUGGGAGCCGGAGAGCCAGCUCACAGACAAGCAGAUCGAUCAGUUCCUGGUCAUAGCGCGCUCGGUAGGCACCUUCGCCCGGGCCCUGGACUGCAGCAGCUCGGUCCGCCAGCCCAGUCUGCACAUGAGCGCUGCGGCUGCUUCCAGAGACAUCACCCUGUUCCAUGCCAUGGACACUCUUCAUGGGACGUCCUAUGACAUGUCCCAGGCCAUCAUCGCCCUGGUGCCGCAGGGGGGGCCUGUCCUGUGCCGGGAUGAGAUGGAGGAGUGGAGCGCGUCAGAGGCCAGUCUCUUUGAGGAGGCGCUGGAGAAGUACGGCAAGGACUUCACCGAUAUCCGGCAAGACUUUCUACCCUGGAAGUCCUUAACCAGUAUCAUAGAAUAUUAUUAUAUGUGGAAAACCACUGACAGAUAUGUCCAGCAGAAGCGUUUAAAAGCGGCGGAGGCGGAGAGCCGACUGAAGCAAGUUUACAUCCCAAACUACAACAAGCCAAACCCCAACCAGAUCAGCACCAGCAACAGCAAGCCGGGCCUGGUGAACGGGGCGGGGUCCCAGAACCAGACGGGCUCCACCGGUUGGGUCUGCGAGAGCUGCUACUCGAUUCAAUGCUAUCAGUGGUACUCCUGGGGCCCACCAAACAUGCAGUGUCGAUUGUGCGCCUCCUGCUGGAACUACUGGAAGAAGUACGGUGGGCUGAAGAUGCCCACGCGUCUGGAGGGCGAGAGAGCCGGCUCCAACAGGAACAGCAUGAGUCCGUUUGGCUACUGGGUGAAGAACGCUAACCCUAAAUACACCCUGAAGACCAAGCAAGCCUUCUACCUCCAGUCCUCCGCGCUGACCAGGAUGGCGCGGCACCUGUGCCUGGCUCUCCUCCGGCCGCGACGGGCUGCCCGCCGACCUUUCACCCCCGUCAACAGCGCCGCCAUCAAGGCCGAGUGUGAGGCCACCGGACUGAGUGCAGCCAAACCAGAGGCAAUGAGACCAGUGAAGCUGAAGCCUGCUGUCCGGAAAGCUCUGGAAGCCAUCGUGAAGCAUCUGGAGCUGCACCCAUAUGUGAAGCCGGAGGUGUCGAAGGCCCCCUCUACAAACUCAUCACAGGAAGCGGGCGCCAACCUGGCAACGGUGGUGCCAGUAAUCAACCACGGCUCCACCACCAUCCUGGGAAAACGAAGCUAUGAGCAGCACAAUGGCGUGGAAGCUAACAUCAAGAAGCGCUUGCUGAUGCCAUUGCGAGGGUUCCCAAAUCACAGUCAAGUAAGACCAGUUGCCACGAUGAACAAGAGCUACCUGCUGAACGGCAAGCCGGGGGACAGGAGCCAGCGCAUGCUCAAACAGGGCUCGCUCCCGCCAGUCAAGGGCCGCAGGAUGAACUGGAUCGACGCCCCCGACGAUGUCUUUUUCAUGGCGACCAGCGACACCAGAAAAGUCCGGAAGCUGUUAGCCUCCUUCGACAUCAAGAGGGCUGCCCGGCAGCCAUACAAACCGGUCUUCAUCAAGCACAUCCACGCAGACCUGGAGAGGCCACUGCCCACACGACCGCCAGUCAACGAGGAGCCCAUCGUGAUCGAGGAUUAGCCCAGGAGCUCGGCCCACCAUGGGGCGUUCUGCACAUGCCCAAUCCCUUCCUGGUGGGUGCGAGCUGGCCACCCAGAGCUCUCCCACCCAAACUGUCUCAUUUGGGUACAGGAACAGGACGUUAAUUUUUUUUUUUUUUUUGGUAUUUUGUCUUUUUUGUUUUUUCCCUGUUUUGACUAAAACCCAUAUCUGAAAUUGUACAACCAUUCCUUGAAACUGUUUGUCCUCUGAAUAGCCGUGUCAAAGUUGGAGAGAACGUAAAAUCAUUGAGGUAGAGAUAUUUGUAAAUAUCUUUAUAUUUUUUAAGGCGCUACUCUCUGCUUGCUAAGCCUUCCCUGGAAGAUGUGAAUGUCUGGCAUUGUGCGAGCCCCAAGAGUGCUGAAGCUGUCUAUGGGUCAAACACGUCGAGGAAAGGCAGAUGCAGCUGGAUUUUUAUGGAUUGUUGUCCUUCAUUGACUUUUUAACCCUCAAACCCACCCAUCCCCAAAACUUUCGCUUUUCCUGCUUGAGAAAGAGCCGUUGUCUGUGACCUUUAAGGUGAUAGCACCUGCUCUCUAAAUUGUACAGUACAUGGAAUGGGCUGUGAUUGUUUGUAGUCUGUCCAGUUUGAGUGUGCAACAUGGCGGGUACCUGUUGGUGCAUUAUGGCCGCUUCUAAUUUAAACCGCUCAUAAGAAAGGUCUGUUAUUUGUCUGUCCACAGUAUGUCUGAUGCCCCACUCCCGUGCUGCUUCCCACAUGCAACGUAUGCACACACAGAGAGUUUAAUUCCCUCAAAGAAACCGCUGUUUUCACUUUCAGUGUCUGUUCGAUGUCAGAAUCUGGGACCUGUUUGGGCCCUCGCCCUUUCAACAGGAUGUUGAUGCAGGUUUCCACAAAAACAAACAGACGAUCCAUCGCCUCGUCAUGGCUGACCCCAGCCACAAAUUGGGUUUUCCUGUGAGGAAAAAAUAAAGCUGGCCAAGCAACCUGCUGUCAGUCUGAAAAAGCACUUAAGACGCCCAGUUGCUAUAUAACUAGGACACAUGAAUAAAUCCCAGGAAUGAGGGUUUAGAAUGUUCUGGUGUUUAUGUUCCUGGGCUUAGCCAUAAAGACAAGGACCUGAGCGAGAUAUGGCCUGGUCCCUGAGCCUGCUCUUCUUGUUUGAUAAUAUUGUGUAUUGUCUUGUUCACAUUAUUUCUGUGUCAGUGUUACACAUACAUUUGGUUUAUACUGUUGAGUAAUUGAGGGUCUUGACAUGCCCAAAGCAUUGAGUAAACAAUUGAAUGUUACGACAGAAAAUGUGCCAGAUUUCACCAAUGCAGUAAGUCAGCAGUUUGUUGCUUCAUGAUAUUGCAGCUUUCUUCAUGAAAAAACAUGUAUAUUAAUAUAUAACAUGUAUAUUAAUAUAUAUGGUUAAUACAAUAAAAGAACCAAAAGAAAUUUAGGAGUAUAUUUUAAAUUCUAAACCAAUUAUUCACACUUUCAUAUGUCGUGUAAUUUGAUGGCUUAUAGAAAAAAGAUGAAGUCACAAAGGCUAAAUUACCCAACUCAGAUAUCGUCAUUUUUAAAAGAAAUUUACUGGAUGGUGUUAGAAUAAAAAUCAUCAAAUUAUGUGGUUCAUCGCAGCAAGCAAGGACAUGUUGGACCACCAUUGACAACAGCUGUUGGCACACCAGCAUUUUGAAAAUUGCCGUUACAGUGGUCUGCUAGUGGUAGACCAUUCAUCAACUAUUUUAGCUUCUCUCUGAAACAGAAGCUAAACAACUGGUCUUUAUCAUAAUUAGCUCAAGCAGCAGAAUCUCGAUCACGUUGAACUCACUGCUGGGCCAAUAGCAUGCUAGAGUGUUUCCGGAAUUUGCCCUCUCUCGCUAAUGCAAAGUAGCUAUUUUUAACAAAAUGGAUAAUAUGAUGCACAAGCUAAUUCAAUGUUUAAUUUGAAGUGCAUAAUCCAUGGGAGAAAAAUGUCUGAAUUAUCUGAAAUUGUAUUAAUUGGAUUUGAAUAUUCUGAGUGUGAAUUCAGUAGUUUUGAAUUUGCUUAGGUUGAAAUGAAUACAUCUGAAUGCAAAUUCAGUAUUUUUAAGUUUGCACUGAAUUUCAGUCGUUAAAAUCCGUGGAAUGUGAAUUGCAUUGUUUUGUUCUGAAUUCAAAAUGCUGAAUUUAAUGUUGUUGGUUUAAAUAUUUCAGUCAUAACAAUAUGUGCUUUUUAAGUGGGCAUUGUGAGUGAGUAGCAAAGAGCAAAGCUCUGUUCAAGAGAAACUGGCCAGUUUGACCACUGGUAUGACUCUUUGUUAGGCAUAUGACUCCACACCAUUUACCACACCAAUUCCCAUGCAGAAUUACACGAGCAUUCCAGGAACUUCUGUUCAUUUGGUGUCUGUUUUUUCCUUGGCAUGACAAAGUGAACAUAAGCAGUGUUUGAUCUAGGCUGUGCCAGUGUGCCGUUGCCUCCCUAAAUAUCAUAAAUGACCUUCUAGAAAUUGAUGCAUGGGACCAAUUGAGCCCCUCUCAAAUUUAAGUGUGGUGGUACUGUUUGCAUUUUAAGUAAUGUAACAUAAGAACUUAUCACAACACCGGCCAAAUCAGCAACAUUACACAAUGUCACAAGCUAGAUAAUAUACAGUCCUGCCACACAUUAUGGAAACAAUGUGCUUAAAGCAGUGCUUUUAUCUGUGCCCCUCCUUCUCUUGUUGUUUCUUGGAGCGAUUUUCAUCUGCACAAAUGUAUUUGAAACAGAUAUCUUCUUGACCAGGAGGGGUAAUGACAAUAUGUGACCAUCAGUAAUUUGAAAUAAAGUAUCCAAUCAAAAAAGGUUUUCUUUGCGUUAAUAAUAUAAUGUUAAUAAUUGAAUGUCAUGUAGAAAAAUACUGGACAAAAAAAUACAUGCUCAUGCUAAUUAUAAAAUUUCUAACAGUAACAUAAAUUAGACUGCUUAUUUAUAGGUAUCAACUAAUACAUACAGGAUGAUAUAAUGAUAUAUUACUUGUUAAGAGAAAUGCAAAUAAUUAUUUUUUGUUUUAUGUUGACAUUGCAUUUAUUACAUAUUACAUUUAUUAUACCAAAAAGAGAGAUUGUUGCAAAAUAUUGCAUUGAUUGUCAAACUGUUCAUACUGUAAAUGUAGUGUUUCCAUAAUCUGUGUCAGUAUUGUAGCUAUUAUCAAUUUGGCUAAUGUUAUAUAUUCGGUAAUUAAUAAUGUUGCCAUUAUGUCUCAAAUGCUGCAACUUCGCUAGUUAGCGAAGUGACUUAGCUAGCUACCUUAUUAGCUUUACAGAAGCAUUACAUUCUUACCUUGUUAGCUAGCUAGUUGGCCAUCUAGCCAUUAGCUGCAAGUUUGCUUUGCUAAUGCUAUAUUGGUAACAUUAGCUAGCUAGAAAGUUUACUAGCUGGCUGAAUUACCUAGCCAGUUACCAAAGCAUAUUAGGUAUAGUAGCAAAUGCAUUGCGGCAAACUCAGUAAAAAAAGCAGGAAUAUUAACAGCUAAGUAACAUAAUUAUUGCAUUCCUCAAUCUUGCAAUGAUUAACGUUCAUCCAUAGAUGUACUUCACUGGCAUUGCAUUCAAUUAACCAAGGAGGCUGCUAAUGCUCCCAGCAGUUACCAUGGUGAAGGACGCUUUGUUCAACUGCUGGACUGGAAUUAUGCUGUAAGCUCAGUGUUCCAGUAAAGUCAGUGGGGGCAUUUUUAAAAGCUUGAGAAUGUGAAAAUUCAAGUAUAAAUUAUAUCACUUAAAGAAGAAGCAACUUAAUAGGUAUGUGGAAGUUUCAUUGCCAAGCUUGAAAUGUUUAGCUUAAAAAACUGUAUGAGUUAUGGCUGGGAAAAAAAGUAAUAAUAAUACAAGUUGAAAGACAAUACAAAAUGUAAGCAAUUCAUUUAUUGAAAAUGAUACAUUCAUAUUUUAUUGUAAAAACACGCAGUAAACAACACAUUUGAUGAAUGUAUCAACUGUGCUUUUAAAAUGAAAUAUGAAUUAAUGUAUUGUUAAUCUAAAUUUAAUUAAUAUAUAGUGUUUUUACAAUAGACAUUGCCCCCUGACAUUUCACAAUGACCCCCUAAAACAGAAGAGGGCUAUUUUGGCCCCCUCUAAAUGAAUCCUGGAUCAAACAAUAUAAGAAUUUGCAGCCUUUACUUCUAACCAAACAGAUUAUGAGUUUUGUGUUUUUGGCAAAUAAUCUCCAAAAUAAUUGAUCUAAUGCAGACAACCAAAUUGCAAUUACUUUUCAUGGCUAUUCCAUUCCAGUGUUGUCAAUUAUAUUCCCCAGGUUGCUCUUACAGAAUGAGAAUGUUCUGCAUAAUAUUAAACAAGGGUUAAAUUGUUAUGUUAAAUUCAUGAUCAAGGCUGUUUUUAUGUUACAGCAUAGUAGUCUAGGUGGUUGUUUAUUUCUGUAUUUCUGUUACAAACAAUAAUAUUGUCAGUCAAUUUAUUUUGAAUAUGUAACACAGAUAACAGGAUCCAAAGUAUGCAAACUUUGGCAAUACAUAUUUGAAUAUUAACAAAUAUUCUAAAAUUUUUAAAGACAAAAUUGAAAUGUAUUUUUAGGUCUAAUUGACAGCCAAGGUUACUCACUGGGAGUCAUUCUUCAUGGCUGCCCACCAGGAAGCUUCCAUUGCAGCUGCUCUGUAAAGACCUGGUCAGGUGGUCGCAUCAUCUGUUUUGCCAUUGGCUUGCUGGUCAGGUGGUUGCAUGUUCUGCUUUGCCAUUGGCUCGAAACAGGGUUGAUUACUUCCACAUUUGUUCUGCUUUUCCUGUAUCUCAUCCUUUAACAUUUUGAUAACAUUUUCUUUUUUAAAAAUUUAAUUUAAAUUUAAACACCGGAGUAGUUCAAUAUUAUACUACUUAUGUGAUUUCAAUUACAUAAAGCAAUUUAAAGCAUUCAUUUCAGAACAAAUUCACACUCCUGAAAUGCAGAACCAUUUAAUUCUCUCAGUAAAUUUGACAUCAUUGAAUUUAGAGAAAAACAAUGCAUUUUAAAUUGAUUAAUUCAGAAUUAAUUUUGCAGUGGAAACAUUCAAAAAUAAUGAAUUCACAUUCAAAAUAUUCAAACAAAAUGAAUACAAUUUUACAUUUUUGGUACUAUUUUGCUUCCAUAAUUUGCUAAUCAAAGGGAUAUAUUAUUAUCUUGUUGUGUUUUUAUUUUAUUUAUUUUUUUAUUGACAGAGCAUUGUUGAUUAGUUUACAUUUGUGUACCUGUCAAAGUUGAGUGUAAUCUGUUCAUAAGAAAAAGAGAAGUCACCCAAAGUUAACCUGAAAUUAAUAUUUAAAUCUCAAUUAAGGUUACUUUAAGCUUUAAUUGAUCUGUCAGAUUUUUUAUUCAUAUUUUAUUUGUUUCAGCUGAACUGUGUGAAGUUACAUAAAUACGUGUUAUCGAUAUUAUUACAGUAUGUGACACAUUCCAAAAUAUAUUUAUAUAUUACCAUUUUUUAUGUUUGCUUUGAAGUACAUAUUUCCUAAAUGAGAAAACAUAUUUUCUCAGUAUAAAUUAAGUAGUGUAUAUUAAUGUUCAUGUUUUGUUUUUGAUGCUGAAAAAACAAAGUGAAAGUCCUCAUUCAUAGUCCAUUUGUAAGAGUAACACAACAUGGUCUUGAUCUGUAAUGGUACGUCAGUGGGAGAGAGCCGACAGUAAGCCACUGCAUUUGUACUGAAACUAAGCUGAAAUUUUUUUUAAUUUUUUUAAUUUGCAGUCAUGGAUGUGGCUUUCAUUUGAAAAUGCAUUUGUUUCCCCAUUUGUGCCAAGUAUAUAUAUAUAUAUAUAUAUAUAUAUAUAUAUAUAUAUAUAUAUAUAUAAUGUAUCCAAAGUAAUAUUAUUUGAUACACAUAUAUUCAUAUUUUGUGUCAUUAAGUGAUUUUGGGAGAAUUUAUGCUCAUCAUUUUUUAUUAGUGUUCUCAAACAGGUGCAAAUCUUAGGUAAUUGAGUACAUGCUAUGUGUACAUUAUGAAAAAACUAACGUUAACCAUUGAUAUAAGGCAAGCUGUUUUCUGUAUUAUUUUUGUUUCUCUUUUGUGAGUGGAGUUUCACUGGUUGUUGAAAUGCCCUGGCAUGGGAUGUCCAGAACCAUUAAAACAGGAUUAUGUAAGUGAAUUUACUGUAAUUAAAAUGUAUUUUAAGAAAACA